GGAUUUACAGAAUUGGGAGAAGAGGGAAACUUAUGUGAAAAAUUACAUCAAGGCAGUAACAACAAAGUGGUUGGCACCCACGUCCUUCAACUACUAUUUGUAGGAAUAAAUGGAUUUAGAUUUCCAAUUGCCCAUUUUGUCACUGACAACGUACUAGCUUCUCAAUUAUAUGGUCUAUUUUGGAGAGCAAUAUAUCUACUGUCUUCUUAUGGUUUUAAAGUACUUUAUACUUGUAUGGAUGGAGCACAGUGUAACAGAAGCUUAAUGCAUUGUUGUCUUGGAAAAAACCCAAAGAUAUUUAAAACACCUUCUGUUUGUACGGCAAAUGAAAUUAUUUUUAUGAUGGAUAUUUCUCAUGUUUUAAAAAAAAUUAGGAACAAUAUAAUAAAAAGUGGUUUGGAUAAACAUUGCACAAGAUUGUUGAAAUUACCAAAUAAAUUUGAAAUUCACUGGAAAAUGUUUAUAGAUUUUUUUGAAUGGGACCAACAAAAUUCUCUUCAACUUCACAGAAAACUUACCAAUGAGCAUAUUUAUCCUGAUAGUCAAUUGAAGAUGAGAAAUUACCUUGCAGAGGAUGUUCUCAAUAGUACAAUGUUAAAUUCAUUUAAAAUAUAUAAAGAAAAUUUGGGGGAAAAGGGACAGAUUUUGAAUGGGGUUAUUGAGUUUUUGGAGCAUACAUCACAACUUGUAGCAAUUUUUCGAGAUGGAAGACCAAUAAAAGAAAUGUCAGAUACACGUUUAAAUGAACUGAAAUUAGUGAAUUCUUGGUUUUUUGAAUGGGAGGAAAAUACUCCUCAAAAUGAGAAGCAACGAAAUCUCAUGUCACACCAGUGCCAUGAAGAUAUCCACUCUUGUAUCCUUGGAUUUUUGGACUUAUGUGAAACUGUAUUAAAACUUCAAACUUCUUCAUUUGUAACACCUAGACUUAUCAAUUCUGACGUCAUUGAAAAUAUUUUCAACCAACAAAGGUCAACCUAUAAUGGAGCCAAUUCAAACCCAAAUGCUGUCCAAUAUAAGCAAACUAUUAACAGCAUAGUAUUAGGCCAAACUUCGAUUUCCAAAAAAGCAAAUGCAGCAAGGGCACACACAGCUUUACCAUACCCAAUUGAUGUAAAGAAACCAGCUUUAAAAAAAGGGCUAAAACACCAUAUGAAAGAAGUCCAAUAAAAGUGAAAAAAUUGUAAGUUUCAAUAAAGAAAUAGAGGUAAACAUUGAAACCACUGAAGUAUUUUCAGUGCUUGACAGUAAAACAACAGCCUGUAUAAAGUGAAUUUAUUAAAUAUUUAAAGGGACGUUAUUCUUUUUAAACUCAUGUUGGACUUGUUGCCUAUUGACUGUGAAAUAUGUACUGAAAUAAGUGUAUGCAAUUUCAAUCCAUUCCGUUCAGUAGUUAUGGAGAUACCAGCUUACACGCAAAAACUUAACCAAGAAUUUUUAAAAAAAAAGGUGCAUUAUUAUGCAAUAAGCAAAUCAGAGUUAUGGGACUUGUGCCAAUCAUCUUAGAUAAUCACAGAGAACAAGUGUGUGAAGUUUCAAUCCAUUCCCUUCAAUAGUUAUGGAGAUACCAGCUUACACGCAAAAACUUAACCAAAAAUUUCUAAGUCAAGAAAGGUGCAUUAUUAUGCAAAAAAGCAAAUCAGAGUUAUGGGACGGGUGCCAACCAUGUAAGAUAAUCACAGAGAACAAGUGUGUGAAGUUUCAAUCCAUUCCCUUCAGUAGUUAUGGAGAUACCAGCUUACACCCAGAAACUUAACCAAAAAUUUCUAAGUCAAGAAAGGUGCAUUAUUAUGCAAAAAAGCAAAUCAGAGUUAUGGGACGGGUGCCAACCAUGUAAGAUAAUCACAGAGAACAAGUGUGUGAAGUUUCAAUCCAUUCCCUUCAGUAGUCAUGGAGAUACCAGCUUACACCCAAAAACUUAACCAAGAAUUUCUAAAAAGAAGGUGCAUUAUUAUGCAGAAAAGUAAAUCAGAGUUAUGGGACUUGUGCCAAUCAUGUUAGAUAAUCACAGAGAACAAGUGUGUGAAGUUUCAAUCCAUUCCCUUCAAUAGUUAUGGAGAUACCAGCUUAUACGCAAAAACUUAACCAAGAAUUUCUAAAAAGAAGGUGCAUUAUUAUGCAAAAAAGUAAAUCAGAGUUAUAGGACUUGUGCCAAUCAUGUUGACUUAUAGGACUUGUGCCAAUCAUGUUAGAUAAUCACAGAGAACAAGUGUGUGAAGUUUCAAUCCAUUCCCUUUAGUAGUUAUGGAGAUAAAGGCUUACGCGCCAAAAAUUAAUGACGGAGAUGCUGACACAGACAAAUAGGUGACUGCAUUAGCUCGAUUAUUCUUGGAAUCUAAUAUUAAAAGGAAACAAUUCUCAGUGUGUCAAAGAAGAAGAAGUCACAUAUAAUGUUUUCUUUGUUCUGUUUAAGCUAUAUUCAAACUUAAACACAGAACAGAAAACACAUGUACAGAUAAAUAUGAAACAGCUAUGAUAUUUGUAAACUGAAGGAAAUGCAGAUGAUUAACACGUGUACUUUAUCAAGUCCACUACCAGCAAAUUUAAAAAUAUUGGAUACUGAUGAAACUAAGAAAUGGACACCAUGAACCAAACUUAAAUCUGUAUGCUUCAAAAACAAUUGAAACAGGUUUCAUUAUAUACCGACGGUGAUAAUUAAUGACACGCAGUCCAGAGGAUGAUGACGCUCGAGAUAGAGCAACACCUAACUGGCCAUGGCGGAAUAUGUCUCUGCAGUCAACUUCUACCCUG